AUGUCCCGCAAGAAAGCCAAAGUUGACGCUGUCGAGGGAGAUGCUGCUGCCGCCGAUGAUCGUCUCAGCGCCCUCCCGGACGAGCUCCUCCACAAGGUCAUGUCGUUCCUGAGGGCAUGGGAGGUGGCUCGCACCUGCGUGCUCUCGCGCCGCUGGCGCAGCCUCUGGGCUUCUGCGCCCUGCAUCAACCUCCGGGUCUGUUGCGAAGCCCGCCACCGCCCGCUCCCCAUGCAACUUUCCAGGUUCGCCAACCACUUCUUGCUCCUGCGGGAGGUGUCUGCGCCGUUGGACACACUCCGGCUCCUGUCCAGCCCCACCCAUAACGAGACUCUGUACUACCCUUACACUUCCAGCCCCGAAUAUGACGAUGACGGGGAUGACUACUGCUGCACGGAUGUCGAAAUGACAUUAACACAGCUCUCUUCUCAGUGUCCCUCUCUGGAAGUCCUGGAGCUCAAGGAGUGCUUCCUGGAUGGCCCCCAGAUAUCGUCUGCCUCACUUAUUAGUUUGACCAUGGUCGAGUGCAGGAUCAUGGCGGAUCUCUCCGUUGCUGCUCCUAACCUCAUAUCGCUGCACUGUGUCUGUCCGUACCACCGUGCUCCUUCAUUCGAAAACAUGGCGUCUCUGGCCACGGGCACCAUCAUGCUUAAUGACUCUUUCUUGCAUGAUAAGUUCGAAUACAAGUACAAAGAUCUCAAUCCAGAUGUAUUUGAGUGUGACAGCGACGAAGGCAGUGACUCAAAUGAUGAUAACUAUGAUAGUGAUGCUGAUAGCGACUUGAUUACCUGUGAAGGAUUCUAUGGUGCUAAAGUUUUGGGUGGCCAAAAUGUUAUCUGCAGCCUUUCAAAUGCUACAAGUUUGGAGCUGAUAGCUGAUGCCGGAGAGGUGAUCCUGAAUAGGGAAUUGGAAAUGUGCCCAAUUUUUAGCAACCUGAAGGUGUUAUCCCUUGGUGAAUGGUGUAUGGCUGCUGACCUGCAUCCAUUAGUUUUAUUCCUGCAGCAUGCUCCAAAUCUGGAGAGGCUUUUUCUUAAACUUAAAAUGGACCAUGAGGAAAUAGAAGAGAAUAUCAAUCCAGAGGGUAGUUCAUUUGCUUGCAAAGACCUUGCAACAGUCAAGAUAAAAUGUCACAAGGAGGAUGAAAGAGUUCAUGUGUUAGCACAGUUUUUCGUGGCUAAUGGCAUAGCCAUGGAAAAGAUAUCUGUCGAUCACCGUCCGACUCGCGUCACUCGCCAAACUUGUGAGUCAUUUAUUCUUACUAUGAUUACUGUCAUAUUCUCCCACCAGGCACAGAUCACGGCUGCAGAACUUGAAUAG